AUGACUACGUAUAAUUGCGCUCCUUUCAUAGGUACCACUUCUACAACAAGUUCUCCAAUAACGAUUAUCACAACAUCGACAGCAACAACGAUAUCAGCAAGUAGCACCAGUACUACGACGACAACAACAACAACAGCUAGUACAAGUACCACGUUAACGUCUACAACAACAUCAACCACAUCCAACACAAGUACUACUUCAACGAUCAACAGCGCAUCAAAGCCUACGACAGCAACAUCCAGCACGAGCAGUACUACAACCACCAGCACAACAUCAGAAACAACAACAACAACAACAACGACAUCUACUAUGAGUACUUCCACCACUAUCAGCACUGCACCAGCGACGACUACACCGAGAAGUAUGUAA